GCUACGCCGACCUCCACGAUGGCCUCGUAUCUUUCUCGCUCGCUCGCGAUAACUCGACCAUGCGGCGCUCGACUUAGGAUCAACCUCGCGCCCGGCGCUCAACUUCGAGCUCUUCACGUUACGGCUGUUGCUCGCAAGCGCAAGUCGCCAGCAGCAACUGAAGAGCUUGAUGACGACUUAUUCGGCGCUGCGGCCGAAGACGAGCUGUUUCCCUCUGCGUCGAGUGGAUCGGGCGCGUCCGCAAGGACCACCACAUCGGCCACGUCGUCCACGUCGUCCACGUCACAACCUCCUACCCGGCGGCGCGUUGGAAAGCUCACAGAGGACGAGAGGCGGGAGCGCUUCAAUAGGCUGUACGAGCACGUUUCGCAGCGUAUCGGGCGCGAACCUCCCGUCCAAGACGCGACGAGCACCGUGCGCAACACGGCGUUCACCCACUUGUUCGACAUGGCGCAGACUCCUCAGGAGCUCGAGAAGGUUACCGAGCUCUUUGCGCCGUUCUGGACGGGCAAACGCGAGCUGCACGCGCAAGAGAGCGAAAACUUCGUUCGUCGCUGCUGCGAACUCGGUUGCCCCUCGCUCGCCAUCCGCAUCUUCGGCGACCGCCCACGCCACGGCGUCUCCCUCCCCUCCCUGUCCGCCGGCCGCCGCUUGCUGCACGCCCUCUCCCUCCAAACGCCCGUGCCCGCCACGGACGUCGUGACGAUGGCCGCCCUCUACCGCGUUUACGCCCUGCCCGCGAUCGCCUCCGACCUCCACUCCUGCGCGCUCAUGGUCUCCGCGUGCUACGAAGCGGGAGGAGCACACGCGGGCGCUAUCGCCGCGGCCCUGUUGCCGAGCUUGCGGAAGCUGGUGGAGGGUACGAAGCCGGAAGCGGUGCGGGUGCCGCGGCAUCCUGGGGAGAAUCAGUGGCUGAGGGUCGCGCUGAGGGACGUGCGGGAACAGCUGAGGCGGAGGAAACAGGACGUGGCGUGGCUAGACCAGUGGAUGGUCGAGGCCGGAUACGCGAGGCCGACGCAGCUCGGUUUACCGCCGGCUGCGACCGCGAAGGCCGAGGCGGCCUCUGCACCCCUGUCAGCGUAGACUCUACGCUACGUCGCGAAUAUAAUAUUUUCUCCGAU